GUAGCAAUAUAUUAUCUGAACAACAAACACUCUGGAUUAUGUUGGAUUUCAGUCUGCUGUGGAGUUCGUUGCACCUGUCCACAGCCUUCAAGGAAACCUGCUCAAACAGACUUCACUGCUUCUCUGUCUUCCCUGCUCUCCAUCUUCAGCAAUGGCUGAAUGGAGCUGGGUGGUUUACACAGCACUCGAAGUGCUGAUUGGUGUGGCCUGUUGCCUUGGCAAUGUGUUGGUGGUGUGUGCAGUUUGUGUUGGUAUCCGGGAUUCCCUUCGGGAGCCAACCUUCUGCUUCCUUGUUUCCUUGGCAGUGGCUGACUUCCUAGUGGGUGUAGCUGCUGUGCCCCUGGCUGUAGUAUUGGAUGGCUGGGUGAGUCUGACCCCUGAUAUAUGCCUGCUUCUCAGCUGUGUUGUGCUCGUGCUGACGCAGGCCUCUGUGCUGUCACUGCUAGCUAUUGCCGUGGACCGAUACCUGAGGUUACACAUACCACUCAGAUACAAAGCCCUGGCUACACAGAGGCGCACAUGGUUGGCUGUGUCUGUGUGCUGGAUACUUUCCUGUCUGCUGGGGUUCACCCCUCUGUUUGGCUGGCACAACUACUCCUCUCUAACAUCUGAUUCCACCAAUACAUCUUCCUCUUCCUUCAUCUCUACACCAUGCACCUUCCUCUCUGUUAUUUCCCUCCCUUUCAUGGUCUACUUCAACUUCCUGGGAUGUGUCAUGGCGCCCCUGCUGGUCAUGAUGCUCCUCUACAUUCGAAUCUUCUGGAGCCUUCAGGGUCGUCUAAACGAGAGCUGUCCCCAAGCCCAAGCCUCUCUGCUAAGGGAGAAGAGGCUGGCCUGCUCACUGGCUCUGGUUCUCAUUUUGUUUGCCAGCUGCUGGAUUCCUCUGCACCUGAUGAACUGUCUGCUGCUGUUUCACGGUCCUCAAGCUGUGACACAGGGGACACUCUAUACAGGUAUUCUCCUGUCUCAUGCCAACUCAGCCAUCAACCCUGUAGUAUAUGCCUACCGUAUCCCAAAGAUCCAGCAGGCCUACAGGCAAAUAUGGAGACGAUUUCUGCUGUGGCUAAACUGUUGCCAUGGGGACAAGCAAGUCCAGCGAUCAAUAAUAAGCAGCCAAGCCAAUCACACAGGGACGUGUGCAUCAGGAGGGAAGACCGCACCCUAACAAAGGACCACAAGUUUGAGUUCAUGGAACGCUCACACAAGAAAAUCUGACCAUCACUAUGUCCAACAACCAUUUAAGACUUUAUCACAGAACACCAUGUCAGCUGAGGAAAAUCCAGGCAGCUUGUGAUUGUUUGAAUUUGUAAAAUCCCGAGUUAGAGUUUGGUUUGAAUGAAAUCCUGUAUACUCCAGUCCGCCAUAGCAUUUGGUUGCCUAACCCUGAUCUGCAAACUUCAUACUAGUCAAAGCUAUCUCCUGUGUCUCCAGUAGAGGGUGCUCUACACUAACAAACUCAACAGCUGAUGUUGUACACAAACCAAGAAAGCAUCAGAACGCAGUAUAUGACAUACAGACAGAUUUCAAGACCUCAUUCACUGAUUUUUGGACAACUGA